AUGGAACAUGUGACAAUUCUGCAAUUUCCAACUUAUGCCUAUACCGUGUGCGACAGUGUAACUAUCGCUCACGAUAAUUUUGAAUGUUCAAGAAAACGUACGGGAAAACAAGCAAAUUCAUCUAUUAUACGUGAUUUUUAUCUUGCAAAAAAACCUGGUAUUUCACAAACAGAUCCAAAAGUAUUAAAUGACAAUAAUAGUGAAGUUGUUAAUCCAGUUAUUGACAACAUAUUAGCAAAUACUAAUGAAAUCAGUGCGUCUAAUGAUGGUUCAAUAACAAUAACAAAUUAUUUUAAUAUUAAUAAUUAUGAUGCAUCUUUGGACAAAAGCAUUAACAGCAACAACUUCCACGAUGAUACAAUAAUUAAGAAUACUUCUAUUUCAUUACCAUUUGAUGUUUUAACAAAUACACCUGAUAAAUCUGACGAGGAUGAUAACAGAACGGAGAGUAUGGAUGCAUUUAAUAACAAUACAACAUUUGAUAAUGUUAGUGAUAGUUGUAAUAAUAAUGAUGAUAAUAGCGAAGAUCGUGAAACGAGAAUUCACAAUGAUAGUGCUGAAGACGUUGGAUUUACAGAAGAUAUAUUGCAUGAUAAGAAAACAUCUAGGCCACACCUAUGA